CAUCUCUAUGGUUUGCUCCGUCGCUACAUUCGAUGCCACGAAUGUUUCCAAUAGCGGUGCUUUGUCUAAGGAAGUCGACUAUAGCGAUGGUUCUAAGCCGGAAGUCCCAGCCCCACCACGCGCGUCGGUUGUGCUUAACAUGAUCCAAAAUGAGGAGGGCCGGGACCAGCUGAACCAACAACAGGAGCCCCUCGUGGCAUUGCUCAAUCUCAAGGCACAGAAACUUGGCCUUGGCUUGAAAAUCGCCAGUAGAGGAUUUUCGCAACCAUCGUUCAUCACUAAGGCCAAGGUCUUGACGACAUGUGCUGCUCCUGUGAGUAGUGAUGUAGAGAGAAAUCUGCCUGACGCCGCUAAGAUCGGCGAAGUUACCCCUGAAAAUGCCAAGUAUGCUAUUGUCUGUGAUACUACCUCUAGUGAGGAGGAAGUGGUAAACCCAGAGCCACCAAUUAAAAAACAAAAAACUCAUUCUGGAGCGCUGCUCAAGAAUGCUCCUCAUGACACAAGCACUCUGAUGCGGAAGAAAAGAGUCUUCAUACAAGGACUCUCCUAUGGAGAUAUAAAAGAUGGCUCCUCGUUGGUGAUAUGCUGUACUAUGAAUGAUGUUGAAGGAGGCGAAAGUGAUAUGCCUUUAGUCAUCGAGGGUUUUGAAAGUGUGGAUAAGGCAAUAGUGGUAUCGGCAUGCUGAAGCAAUAGUCCCCAUGACGAAAGAAUACCCCCUCCUCCGUUUUCUGUAGGGAGUAUUUUCAUAUAGGCGCGCAAUGUAACGUUUCUGCCGAUUUUCAACGGAGGGCAUAGCAUGGGGACUGAUCCAUGAUUUAUUAUUGACCUUUUACCAUAAUUUCUUCAAUUGAUGAUGACAACGAGGAUAUGGACCUGGCGAGGCGCUGAAGGAUUUGUGGAUUCUGAGAGCGCCUUGGUGAAGUUGAGCGCGGAAAGUAUUAAAACUAUUGUUGUCUACUUCUAUUUGCUACCCAUAAUAUCGUUACAUAUUUACUCAGUGUACUAUGGCCACCUUAUAUGUGUAGGAUGUGGUAAAGAGGAGCUGAAAGGUCGGUGUCAUUAUUUCGCACUACUACAAGUGUUCUCAUGGGAAAGCAAUAGUUCUUCGGUAACUAGCGACGACAUUUUUUCACAGAGGUGCUCGUGAAGAUUCCGUGUUGGUGGAAUUGCGCGGUAUUGGCAGUUCUGUGCUAUCCAUGGUGCUUCUUAUGUGGUUGUGGUUGUCGGAAUAUUCGCAGUUUCGAUCACGGUUCACCAUGCUGCUGCAGACUUAUACCACACCUCGAUCAAUAUGAAGUGCUUUGUGUGGUAGGGGAUAGUAGCACUUUUCUUAUACUGUAGCACU